AUGGUAUCCAAAUCCAUUAUUCAUGUCAUUGGUCUCAAUUUGACAGUAUACGGUUUAGACGAAUAUGAAGAUUUGCCCAAAGGGACUCCGGUUACAGUCUUGUUCGCCCUUCACGGCAGACUUCAAAACCAAGAUAAAAUGGAACCUAUAUCUCAAGCCAUCUGUCGAUUGAACAAUCAAUAUCAGAAUGGAAAUCGAUACAUCAUCGUUGUCACUUUUGAUGCACCUAAUCAUGGUAGUCGUUUAGUGAACAAACUAUCCAAUCAUACUUGGAUGGAAGGGCCUCAUCGAAACCCUCAUCAUGCGCUUGAUAUGUGGACUUUAGUCGUAUCUAUGUCUCAAACUGUCACUGAGUUGAUUGAUGUAUUGGAAUUUUACCUAUUUAAAGAUGCUAGCAAAUCCUUGGUAGAGGUAUGGGGUGUGCUAGGCUUUUCCAUGGGUGGACAUGCGACCUUUUUAGCAGCUGCCAAUGGUAUUGCAUUAAGUAGAGCCUGUGGACAUUGUUUCAUCUCCGUUCCCUACUAA